AUGCAAAGAAAUAAGAUAAUUUCCCCCAGAGGCACAAAGAACCCUCAAGAGUCCUCCAUAAGCGAUUUCAAGCAAAAUCCAAGUGCCCUUGAGGAAAAAUACUUUUCCGUUGUAAACCACAUUUCUAGUAUUUUAACAGCCCCAUCUAUAACUUCUAGCUCAGAUCAUGAGCUAAAAUUAGACAUCCUCGAAUCACAAAUACAAAAAUCUAAUGAAAAUUUAGAGCAGCUGAUCACAAAUUUAGAAGACCCAGGAAGUGAAGGCUUGAAAAGGGUUCUGACUGCGAUUAGUGAAAAGUUAUCAGAAGCGCAAUGCCAAAUGUUGAUUCUUUCUAUUAAGGAUAGCAAGAAGUUAUCUGAUGAUAUGAUCAGGCAAGUGAUUGCAAAAGCCUUUACUGACUUGAAUUCCUUUAUUUGGACUUCGGUCGUGAAGAGCUCGGCUUUUGAUUUUAAAAACACUUUUCAGGAGUUAAAAGAGUUAAUUGGGAGAAAAAAGAAAUUUGAAAUUGAAUAUGAAAGAAUGCAGCAGCUAGAAGUGAAUGAAUUAAAGCAAAAAAUAGAAGCGAUUACGAGUAAAGUGAAAAUGCUUGAUGGGGAUUUGCUUGAGUCGAAGACGAUGUCACUUUCUUUUUCUCCAAAAAGGCUAGGGUCUUUUAAUUCGAUUAAUUUGUCGAACACAAUAUUAAAAAUGUCAGUUAGGGAUAGGUCCUAGCUCCUGCUCAAACAGGAUUGACCUAUAUACCGAGCUAGUGAGAGAAGUCAAUCUUCUUGAGAGCUUCGGCUUUGAAGAGAAGGGUCACUGCUGUGUCUGGCACUGACUAGAGAAGUCUUAAAGGACUUAUUAACUUUAACGGUUCGACGGAUAGGCCGGUUCACCUACCGUUGUUCAGAGCUGUUAAUUUAGCUGAACCUCAAGCAAGGGGACUUUAUAGGCAUUUAAAAUGCUAGAGUAAUUCAAUAAACUUAGCUUAAACUUAAACCUAAAUUUGUCGAAAAGCACGACUUUUCAGUUUGAGAAUUCAAUGGGGAAGUGCAACUUGGAGCAGCCUUAUCCUAAAGAUACUUUGAAAGGACAAGAUAUGGUUGCUUUGUUAGAAGAAAAUUCAAGCUUGAAAGAAAAUAUUGAGGGCUUGAAAGAAAAACUGAGAAAAGUGAGGGAAGAGUCAGAACUUCUGCAGGAACAGUAUCAAGAAAUGACGAAAUUUGUGAAAAAAUAUCAAAUGCAUAUGAAGUCGAUUCAGUCAGACUCUGAUAAGGUAAGACUUUCAAGGUCAAACUCUUUUGGGUCAGGAGGAGGCUUUGAAAUGGUUUCCCUUAAAAAUUGGGCUGCAGAGGCUAUAAAUGAAUUUUCUGCACAAACGAACCAAAAAAUUGCAGAAAUAUUAGAAAAGCUGAACCAAAAAGAAAGGUCCUUACUCAAUAAUAUUUAAAAUUUAACAUAAAAUAUUCUAAAAAAGAAAAUUUAUAUAGUAAAAUCUUAUAGAUCUGGAGAAUUAGCAAAAUAUGAAAGCCAAAUCCCAACAUUAUCUCAGCUUCUAAAAGAAAAAUCAAAAAAUUCUUCUUUAGGAGGCACCCAGUCUUCCAGAGGCUUCAUGAGAAGAGACUUCGAAGAAGAAAUGAAGCUAAAUUCCCAAAUCCAAGUAAAAGACAAAUAUAUCCACUCACUAACUGAAAAACUUACUUCUAUCGACUUAGAAAGCAAAAUUCUGAAAAAAUCAAUAGAUGAACUUACUGGAAAAUACGAGGCUUUAUCGCAAACUAAAGAAGAAGAAAUUAACGAGCUUCAGCAGAAAAUCUCUUAUCUUGAAGAAGUAUGCCUUGACUAUGAAAAUAAGUUUGAAGAAGCCAAAAAUAGAGAAAUUGAAAUUGAAAAUGAUAAAGAAGCGCUGAAAGAAGAAGCCAUGAAAAUCGCCAAAGAGCUGAAUGACGCAAAAAAGAAUAAAGGGGGAAGCUUGAAUGAAAGUGCUGCAUCGUUUAAAAUCGAACCAGGCAGCCCAACACUGAAAAACUCCCCAAUAGAAUUAGAAAAAAUAAUCAAAGCCCAAAGAGAUGAGCUGCUAAGUGUAUAUAAAAAUUAUGAUAAUUUACAAAAAGAAUUAGACCAGCUAAAAUUGAGCCAAAAAAAGGUUGUAAGCCCUAGAAAUCGAAGCCCUGUAGUUGAUUUAGAAAAUGGUCAGCAAAGUCUUCAAGAUGAGCUGAAAGAAGCGAAAAGGACAAGCUCUAACGCAAUUAAAAAGAUUAAGGAUGGCCAAAUAAAAAUAGCCCAGCUGGAAAGUGAGCUGGCAGCUGCAAAUAAAAAACUAAAAGAAAACCAAGCCAGAAUAUUAGACCUUGAAAGACUGCAACAAAUUAACAAAAAAAAGCCGACAAAAGAUGCAUCAGCUGAAAGAAUUAAGCUUUUAGAAGAAAAAAUCAGAGGGAUAGAAGCAGAAAAGAUGGACCUCACAAAAAGUAAUGAGUAUAUCACAAAUUAUGCAGCUGAUAUACAAAAAGAAGGCAUUAAGGAAAGGGAUACUUUGAAAGUCAAGCUGAGAGAGCUUGAGGACAAAUGCAAAAUUCAGGAAAAAGAAAUAUCAUUAUUAGGAGUGAAUAAAAAAGAAUUGGAGAAUUUACUAAAUAAGCUAAAUGCAGAAAUAGAAACAAAAAAUCAUGAAAUUCAUGAUUUGAAUCAACAAAUAAGUAAUCAGAAACGUCUACAAAUAGACCUUGACCAAGUAAAAAAUACUGAUGGGUUUCCAAAACUUGUAUAUAGUAGUUUCCUAGAAUUUUCUAAUAACCUAAAAUAAUAAAAAAAAGUGCCUAUAUCUAAAAAUUAGCAUAAUUUAUAUAGGAUCUAAAAAGAGACAUAAGCUCAAGAAAUUCAAUAAUUUCUUCAGGCGCUUUUACACCUCGCGCCAACAUUACAUUACAUUACAUUAGAAUUUAUAUCGCUUAACGUCCACUACGGGGUUACAACUCCAGGUUUAUCACUCGCCUUUCGUCGCAUCGGGCCCACCAGUCUGCUGGAGACAAACUCGCUUUGAUCACCAGGGUGCUUCUGGGGCAAAUGUCCACGUCUUCGACGGCUCAUGGAUGAGCUACUUGCUUGUACAUGGGUUGCUUUUCCGAAAAACCCAAAAAAUGGAUUUUUCUGGUCGGCUAUCGGCAAAAAGGAAAAAUGCAAAGCCUGGGACGUAACGCCCAGUUUCACGCUAGGGAGUUGCCCGAAUGGUCCAGAGGACUUUUGCUGGGCUUCCCCUUUCCAACCUUGCACCCUCCUUCCCCACGAGGAAAAAUCCACCUCUGAGAAUAGACUAGGGCUAGGCUCUGAAAGCUACCAGAAUUGCUUACCUAGCAUUGCUGUCCAUCUCUGAAAUGGUAAAACCUUGCCGGAUAUAAUUAAAAUAUGAGUCGAGGCUGCAUGGCCGGGAGGCCAUGCCCAGACGAAGACGCCAUAUUUUAAUUAUUACACCUCGCCCAACAACUGGUAGAAAAAUUCUGAGCGAAGAUGAGCGACAAAAAAUCAACUCUUUCCCCAAUUUAAACGCAGUCAUUGAAAAUCUCUGCCAAGAACUUGAUGAAGAUAACCCCAAUUUGCUAAUUGAUAGAGUAAUUGACUUAAAAAACGACCGAGAUGCAUUAUAUGUUGAUCUACAAAAGCUAUACGACAUUGUGUCUGAGCUUCAGGAAGAGCUUGAAGAGCAAGACAUCAAUCAGCUUUAUAAUUGUAUUGGGAGGCUAAAAGCAGAUAGGAAAAAAUCAGAUGAAAUUCUAAAUAAAAUCUGCAAAAUGUAUGAUAGCUCCCCACAUUUUAUUCUUGACCAUAUAAAAGCUGACUCAAGCUUAGUACAAACUUUAACUCCCCCCCCUCCGUGAGUGAACAAAACCAUUAGAAAAAUCGCUAUUUUUUGCCCAAAAACCCACCCUCCGUCAGUGAACAAAAAUGUUUUUAAUACAAAAAUUUUGAUAUAUAAAUGAUAAUUAGUAUAAUGAAAUCUAGAGCUAAUUCUAUUAAUUUUAAACGAAUUGCUUUUUAAAACAUAAAUUUUAUAAAUUAAAUUAAUAUUUGCUUUCCAAUUUUUGCGAAUUAGGAUUUUUUUAAAUUUUGAAAAAAAAUAUAUUUUUUUAUAAAAUUUAUAUAUAAAUUUUUUAAAAAAAAAAAAAAUAACCCCCUCCGUGAGUGAACAAAAUUUUUUUGUUCACUCACGGAGGGGGGGGAGUAAGAGAAAUUUUCGUGUCAAAAAAUCCUGAAAUUAUUGAAAAAGCUGUUAAAGGGAUUGUAAAUCAAAUAAAUGAAAUAAAAAGAAUUUUAAAGGCUGGAAAAGAUUCUGAGGCUUGUGGAAAAAUUGAAAAAAUCAUUAAUGAGGAUCCAAAAAGUGCGGUGCUGCCUCUGCAAAAUAUAUCAAAAAGUCAUAUAGAAAGUAUCUUAAUGGAUAAUUUUUCGAAAUGUAUCAAGUUUUAUGGUACAGUAGAUAUUUCAAUGGAAAUUCUUGAACACAAAAUGAAUAAUUUAUCAGUAGUACUUAGCAGCCUUAUUAAAAGCUCAUUAAUCAAAAAAAAGGAUAAAAGUAAAGAAAUGAGCCCUUGUCCUGAGCCAAUCAAUGAAGAGAAGCGGGACUGAAAUAAAAUUAAAGAGGAAGCCUUGAAGCAGCUUCACCAGGCAGAAUCACAAUGUAGCAGCAAGUAA